AUUGACUCCGAGUUGACACAAGAGCUUGUGGAACUUAGCAAUUGGUGCACGUUUUGGCUCUUUAGGUGUAUUAUUAGAGACCUUAAGCUGGAUUUUUCUUGUCAAAAACGGUACAUGGAAGGGUUAAGGGUUUGGACUCGGGGUGAAGUGUCCUGCAUAAAACUUUCUUAGGCUCCCCCCUGAACAUUGGAGAAACAACGUUUUUAAUGUCGUUUAGAACACCGAGCAUAAGAUAUGGCGUAAGUUGCCACCCUGGAAUAAAAUAUGUUUUAUGUUCCAUUUUGAUUGCAUUAUUCCUUUCAGAAAAAAAGAAAAUGAAACCAUCUAAGUCAAUGUAAUUGUGAUUUUGUCUUUCUCCAAGGUUACGGAAAAAUGGCUCCGAGUACGGUCUGGGGACGAAUUUUCUGUAUAUUUUACGCCAUAUUUGGCAUCCCAAUCACCGGCCUGAUGCUCAAAUCGAUCGGAGAACGGAUUACCGAAACAACGGCAAACUUCUGGAAAUUUGUCGACUCAAGGAUCUUCAACAGAGAACCUCGUAAAAUCUACCUUAAGACUGUGGCAUGCAUAUUCAUCAUGGUAGCGGGAAUGAUCUUGUUUCUGGCAGGCAUAGGUAAAAGCUACGAGGGUUGGACAUUUUUCGAGGGAGUUUAUUUCGCUUUUAUCACGCUUAGUACAAUCGGUUUUGGAGAUUUCGUGCCUCAGCAUCCAUCCAACAACGAGAAAGAUCACCCUGGUUACGUCAUUGCCUUCACCGUUCUCACAUUUGUCUACUUCACGUUUGGUCUUGCAGUCGUCUCCAGUGCCCUGCUGGCGAUUAGUCGGUUAUUCGAGGACGAGCCACCCUGGGGCUUUAUUUCCUUGAUGGGAGGGGAUGAUGGGGAAGAUGACGAAAGCGAAAAUCUUUUGCGCGAGAAGAAAAAAGCCCAAGCGAAGGCUAAGAUGGCGGAAAGCAGUGGUCCUUAAUGUUUAUCUGAAUUAGAGAAAGCUAGAACAUUUAUCAUCUUAAUUUAUGUGGAUUUAUUAUAUCAAUUUAUGAUAAUUAUGUCGUCGGGGAUCAUUGCGUUGAUUUAGUUUCGGGAUUUGUCAUCUGAAGUCACGUGACGUCAUAUUGAGGACCAUAGCUCGUGCAGAUGGCUGCGAAAAAGAAAAGAACUCAUAACCACGAUCUUUAACGCCAGCGGUUAGUCGGGAACCUGAAGAACAGUUAAACGACGAAAAGACAUGCUUGAGAAAUAUUUUUACUACAGGAAAAGCUGUGAAAUUGAAAUUUGGGACGCUGAAAAACUAGUGGAUGCCACCUCUAGAAUGAAGCUGAACUGCAAGGCAAGACGCUCGCUUUGACCGUUUGAGUGGAAUGCCUCCCCAGCACGGAACAGACUCGCUUGUCGCAAGGAACAUCCAUGAAGAUAAGAGCAUUGCCUUUUCGUGGAAAAGCAAAUGUUAUUUACUGGUCGUAGCUCUUAGAGACGAAAUGACUUUGCCACAGAAUUGAAGGGCUGGAUGUUGCCGGUCAAGAGACAAAAUUGGAUCCACAAAUUAGGUAGGAACGAUUUGGUGGUUAGAAAUUUAAAAUGGUACGUGUUUGUCAGAGCUCGAGAUGUGAAACGUAACACAUUCUAACUGAAAAUUUUGCAAACCUUGAUUAACUCUAACAACGAGAAAAAUUUAAGGUAAAUCAACCAAAUAACAAAAAGAAAAAAAACAAUCAAAGGUCAAACAACAACAAGAAGAACAACAACAAUAACAACAGCAAAAGCCCGCCAGUUAACCUCUUAAUAUUCUCUCUGUCCCCGAUCUCUUUUCGACUGUCACGCGAGCUUGAAGCUCUGCCUCAUAGCUCUUUGCGUGACAGAUAGAAGCUGAAGUUUGAUGUGUUACGCAUCACAUCUCGAGUGAGCGAUAAUACAAUGUAGACUUACUAGAGGAACGUAGUUCUCAGUCACAAAGAACAAAUUCAUAUAACCUGAUUAUUCAACAAUAUAUUUAUUUUUGUAAUAAUUAACAAUUGAACAUAAUGUCUAUCUUUAAUCCAGGCUUACAAGUUUAGUUUUCUUUAAUUUAUUACUCAUCCUUUUCUGAUGGAAUUUGAAUGGAAAGAAGUUUAGCUGGAAGAAACUUAGAAAAAUAGGAACGUACGGGUUAAAAUCUAAUGCCUUGUAGAGUAGAACUGUACAAAUCACCGGUCCUAUAGGUUUAACCUAGAUUUGAAACGAUUCGAUUCAACCACCUGUUACAUCGUAUCUAGCAAUAGUGUGUUUAGCCACUGUUAAUUAAACAAUUCUGAUAGGCAACAAUAUCACAUCUUUACUCACGAUGUGGGAAGGGAAACCAUUGCCUGACUAAAAGGGGAGGCCAAUUUGAUUUAAGUUAGAGAAAAAAUGAAGCUAAAAAUGUGAAUAACUUCUAAAUCCAGAAAACUGCUCUCAAUCUAUUUUAAGAGCAUCGUUAUCAUUAUCAUUAUCAUUGUUAAACUGGCAACAACUUUUGGCUGAAUGCAGUAUCCAUAAACACAGUUCAAAUUUUAUAUACUUCAGACCUUUUGAUGAUUGGGGAUAUUCCAUGUUUGUUAUCAUAUCCGGUGAGUUCGAUAAAAGAACUUUAAGUUCACUAAACUCAACACAAACAGAAACAAAAUACUUGUCAACUAUACGGUAGUAUUUCCGUUGUAAAUUACUGUAUAGAAAUAUACAUUUUUCAGUUGGUACAAAAAGCUGAUUUCUUACUCAAUAUGAAGUCAAGAUAAAAUAUCAGAUCUAUACAAGGGCUGUGUCAUAGAUUAGGACUUAGUGGAUGUGACUCUGGAAGCCACAGUUAAAGCCUCAGGAAAGGCUCCAUGUAGUACGUCCUAAAAUGUCUCCAAAGUUUCUGAAACUUUCGGGAACGGGGAAAUCGUAACUUAGCAUCAGAAAAACAUAAAAGGUAUUUCUAUAGUACUAAAGAUAUUGAGGCUUUGCUAUGGUUGCAAUGUCAUAUGUGUUUGUUAGAGGAGCAUGGAACUCUGUUUCCAAUUGAAAGGAAAUGUAUGAAAUUAUUCAGAUACCACGAUGGAAUUUUAAGGGAGUUCUUGUGCCUAAUGCGCAUGCUUGACUGUGCGGGUGGAUAAUGUAUGUACGGGUUUAAGACGUUCGCUGAUUCUGGCGGUAGUUAUAGAGUCAGGGUUUAAUUGAAAGUCAAUAAAAGAGGAAUAUUUUUCAGUAAACAAAUGCAGAAACUGAAUGCAUUGUUCUAGUAAAACGUUCCCGAAAGUUUUACGUGUAAUUGUGGAUUGCCUAUGGACCUUUUGAGAUAUAUGAGCUUGUUUUGGCGUUGCAACCAUCGCAAAUGUUAUGAAGUUAGAAAUCCAAACCUUAAGAUUUUGGUUCUUGAGAAAAGCAGUUAGAUAAACGACACGUUUUGUAUUAUUUAUUUUGAGUUGCUUUGCUUGGUUUUCUUUAUCUGUUAAAUUUUGCCACUGCAUCAGAUAAUUGAAGCUGUAAUAUUUUUGUUUCAUCGCUAUUUAGUGCUGCAUUACAUCUUUUAUAUUCCGAAGUCAGUUAAGUUUGGUUGUUAAACAAAACUGUACAUAUCACUCACUAAUAGUAUAUUUAAUUCCAUUUCUGGUUGAUAUCGGUAUUAUCACAUGUUAUUCUCACACUUGUUAAGCCUUCUUUCCUUCGAGGCUUUCAUAUGGCUAUGCUUUAAUUUUUUGACAGAAAAUUGUUGUUUUAAAUUUUAUAUUUUUGUUACGUUAGGUUAUGGUUGUCGUUAGAAGUAGUGGUUUAGUGUUAACGAAAUAUCGAGGAUAUCAGACUCAAAGCCAAUAUUUUAAUACUUCGUGGUUUAUUCUUUAUUUUCAAAUAUAAAUAAUUUGGAAAGCGAAAUUCAAAUAACGUGGAGUGUGAAGCUAAAGAUGAAUAAAAGAGUGAACAGAUUA